AUGGAUUAUGAUUCUGUGCCAGAGGAAGUUUCAAGUGGCACGAAUGUUCCAUUUAGAGAACUUUUUGGCGGGAACGCUUCUCAUUUUGCAUCUCUUAAUUUUCUCUCUCCCCCAUCUCUCCACCACAUUAGGGUUUUGAUUCCUAACGAAACGCGCCGUUUCUCCACUCUCCGUCCAAUUCUCUCGUCAAAUCUCUCAAUCAGGUAA